CCGCCACGAGACCUGAAAUUUCCAAAUCAAUGGCGGCAAUUAAAAUAUUUCCAAAACAGCAUAAUUCUUCCAUUUUAACCUACUCCCGCCAAUAACCUGACUUAGAUUCCCGAGCACUCUUCUUCAUUUUCAAUUCCCAAUCUUAUAUAAACCCUAGUUCUUUUUCCCUCCCACUUCCUGUUUCAUUUUUCUCCCCAAUUUGGAACCCUAACCCCUAAUUUCCUCCGCUAAAUCAGAACCCAACAUGUUAGAACUGAGGCUAGUACAAGGAAGCCUGUUGAAGAAGGUUCUGGAAUCCAUAAAGGACCUUGUCAACGAUGCGAAUUUUGAUUGCUCGGCGACUGGUUUUUCCCUGCAGGCGAUGGACAGUAGUCACGUGGCGCUGGUGGCGCUGCUACUACGAUCCGAGGGCUUCGAGCAUUACCGAUGUGACAGGAACCUUUCCAUGGGGAUAAAUCUUGGCAAUAUGGCGAAGAUGCUCAAGUGUGCCGGAAAUGAUGACAUCAUAACCAUUAAGGCUGAUGACGGCAGUGAUACUGUCACUUUCAUGUUUGAAAGCCCCACGCAAGAUAAGAUUUCAGAUUUUGAGAUGAAGCUUAUGGACAUAGACAGUGAGCAUCUUGGAAUUCCCGAGGCUGAGUACCAUGCUAUAGUUAGGAUGCCUUCGUCUGAGUUUGCGAGAAUUUGUAAAGAUCUGAGCAGUAUUGGUGACACAGUGUUGAUAUCUGUGACAAAGGAAGGUGUAAAAUUCUCAACAAGAGGUGACAUUGGGACUGCAAACGUUGUUUGUCGUCAAAAUACAACAGUGGACAAGCCGGAGGAUGCAACAAUCAUAGAGAUGAACGAGCCUGUAUCACUGACAUUUGCUCUAAGGUACUUGAACUCUUUCACCAAGGCAACUCCAUUAUCGAACAUGGUUACUAUCAGCUUGUCUUCAGAACUUCCAGUUGUAGUUGAGUACAAGAUUGCAGAAAUGGGUUAUAUCAGGUUCUACUUGGCACCCAAGAUAGAAGAGGAUGAUGAAGACACUAAGCCUUGAGUUAAUAUUUAGGGGUUUUUAAUCUCAACACUAGUUCUGUACAAGUCUUGCGUUUUGUAUCAUUGUUUUUUCUUCUCCUGGUUAUGGCUUUUCCUCUUUGAAUGCUGACCCUUUGUCCCCAUCUCUCUUAUUUUUAUUAACAAGAAUGAGCAAGGAACUAAGAAUACUACAAUUAGAUUCCAAUUACUUUUGUUUUUUGACGAAUGGAUAUUGAUGAAAAGUUAAUGAGACGUGUAGUUGAAGGUU